AUGGAUUCUGCACGGCCACGGCAAUCUGACAAUCAAAUUGGUUUGAAUGUUGGCGGUAAGAUCUACCUGACAACUCGGGACACCCUGACGCGGUACCCGAACAGUUUCUUUGCCAUCAUGCUAGACAGUGAUAUCCCUUCUGAUAGAGAUGCCCAAGGAAACUACCUGAUUGACCGGGAUGGCGAGAUAUUUCGCCAUGUCCUGAAUUUCAUGAGGUGUGGCAAAGUUGUGCUACCACGGGGAUUUAGCGAGUUCGAUUUACUGGAACAAGAAGCCGACUUCUUUUCGCUCGAGGCGCUUGAAGUGGCGUUAAGAAAAGAAGGUGCAGGUAUGUCGGUGGCCGGUAUGUCGGUGGGGAUUGCGGUUGGUACGGGUGACACCAGGAGCACGUAUAUGAUAACCAGAGAGGCGUUGAUGAGAGAAAAAGAAUCUUUCUUCACCGACAUGUUGGAUGGAGGGAAGCCAUUUCCAAGAGACACACAAGGCAACUACGUCAUCAGUAGGAACAAUAGUCUCUUCCAUCAUGUUGCUGACUACCUAGUACGUGGAGGAAUCCUCAAUGACAUCACAUCGAGUGAGCUUCGGCAGCUACGAAAAGAAGCCGAGUAUUUUGGACUGCAAAUAUUGGAACAACACAUCCAAAGCGUUGAGUUCAUGAUGAAACACCUGAACACGCAACAAGCCCGAGUGCUACACAUUCAUUUCUUUUAUUCUGAGAAUGGCCCGUGUGUUGCUUAUCACAACAAGCUACUUCAUCGAUCCCGCUUUAACAUCGAAACGCUUUGGAAGGGACAUAAAAUUGGUGGCAUCUCGGUGUAUGCUGGAAAAGUGGACCCUAAAAUAAUGUGCAAAUUUACAAGUGCAAGCUCUGUUAUGCAAUUUUUCGAAAACCAAUUCGUGGCCUCCGGGAAUUUGCAUCGCCGUUUAGAUGUAAAAAUGUUCGAACUAAGCUCCAAUUGUGCUCGAAUAGAUGUGCACAUAAUACUAUAAUUAUAGUUUGGUAGUUGUAUAAGACAUGCAGUGUAAAUAGCAUAAUCCCACACUGUAGUGUAUAUACGCGAUCUUCUUUUUGCAUGGUAAGGGAUGUAUUUUUAUGAGGUGAGGAUGUGAAGUUCUUGAACUAACUGGAAACGUGUCUGGAAUCCUCGAACGGGCAGACAUUGUUGCUACCCAUACUAUACAAAGUCAUGUACAUUAUACCCAAGAAAGUGUUCCUCUUUUGUAAGGAGCUCAGUCAAUUUAAGUGAUGUUCA